AUGGCCAAUGAAGAUCCUGCAGCAGUGAUAGGAGCAGAUGAAAAUUCUACUGUACCUGUUUUAACAGGAGAAUAUGCAAAUUUAUCUGCACAAGAUACUACAAGAGAGGGACAAGCAGCCCAAUUAAGAGCAAACAAUCUCAAUAAUGCUGAUCCCAAUGCUAUGGAUGUCAGUGAUGAUGAUGCUGAUUGUUCAAUGAUUAUUUUGGAUGGUGUUGUGAUGGGCCCUCAGCACUGUGCAGCAGAAGGAUGUAUUAAAGACUUACAAAAUACAAGAGGAGGGGCAUUUUGUGAGGAAUAUGAAAGAGAAUAUGGGAAUAGAUGCCGUAUCCGUGACUGUGCUCGAGAUAGAGUUGAAAAUACACUGGCAUGCCACUCUCACCAAGCAGAAUGGAAGAAAUACAAACUUGACCACAGUCGUUCAAGCUUGCUUGGAGUAAAAAGGAUGUUACAAAGACCAGAAGAAAGAAAUGCUUGGGAGCCUGGUCUCCGCCGAACUGUUCAGCCCCAUGACGCUGAUGAUGAUGUUAUAAUUCCACGACACAAUUAUUUUGGAGCAGCCAGAUUUUAUUGUGUUGAAACAAUUACAGCACCAUGUGGUGUUGUAAUUGCAUGGGUUAAAUUUGACAGAGCUGAGUCUCCAACCAACAUUCUUAAUUGGUUAGAGAAAAUAUAUCCUACUGAGGAGUCUCGACCACACUACAUUUGCAUUGAUAAAGCUUGUCGAGUACUUAGAACAGCUAUUGCAAAUGGAAGCUGGGAUAGAUGGAAGAAAACCACAUGUUUCAUUGUUGACUCUUAUCAUUAUAUCAAUCAUCGCACAUUGGAUUAUUUGUGCCGCAAAUGGUGUAACCCUGGUCCAUUAAAUGGUUCUGCUCCAAAUCUUGUCAAAGUUGCUCAUGAUAAGAAUGGUCAACCAUAUCUUCAACGGGCAUUUAAUACACAGGCAUGUGAACAAUUGAAUUCUUGGCUUGGAGGAUUUGAGUCCAUUCUCAAAUGA